AUGACGCUCCAACUCCCUGCCCGCAAAUCAUUCGAGGCAUCCAAGGGCCACACAUACUCGUACAUUCACCUUCGCCCCAAGACCGCAGCCAAACCGACCCUUCUCUUCCUCCAUGGCUUCCCAUCACAUAUACCCGACUGGACGCGACAUAUCGACCACUUCGCCUCCCUUGGCUACGGAAUCCUCGCCUGCGACCUCCUCGGCUUCGGGCAGAGCAGCAAGCCCACAGAUCUGUCCAGCUACCGCCUAAAGCCAAUGGCCGACGAACUCUGCCAGCUACUAGACGCAGCCGGCAUCAAAGUCGCCAUUGGCAUCGGACACGACAUCGGCUGCACGAUUCUCUCCCGCCUCUCGGCCUACCACCCAGACAGAUUCACCGCCCUCGUCUUUCUCGCAGUCGGGCCACCGAAGCUAGGCACCCCCUUCGACCUCGACUUGAUCAACGACAUGACCAGGCGGGCCACGGGGUUCGAGCUACUGGGCUACAUCAACUGGCUGAGCGACCGUGACGACGGCAAAACGCAGGCAAUGCUCGAAAAGAACGCCGCGUCGGCCAUGAGCCUGCUGUUUGCCCGUGACCGCCAAGCAUGGAACGAGUGGUUCCACCCGCUGCACAAGAUGCGGCAGUUUGUGACUGAAGACAGACGCGUGCCCAUCGGGGAAUGGUACACGCACGACUUGCAGCAGCUGCACCUGGAGGCAUUCCAUAGAGAGGGCGGGUAUACCGGCUCUACGCGAUGGUAUCGCAUGUGGCGGGACAACUUGUUUGUGCCCGAUGAGAAGGAUUUUGAAGAGCUGCUUCUGUCACGCCCGACGCUGCUUGUCGCGCCGUCCGGGGCAGAACAACAAGAGCAAAUGCUGGCUGCGUGGGCGCCGCAUCUGACUGUUCACUAUGUCGAUUCGGGACACUGGGUCCAUCUAGAAAGGGCCGCGGAGACGAAUGCCGCCAUAGAGAGGUUCUUGGAUACUCUUAGUAGUGGUGCACCAAGUUUAUCCUGA